UAUUUAUAGCUCUGCGUCAAUGAUUAACAAUAUUUGAUAAAUAGUAUUGUAACAGCUGUUGUAUUUCAUAAGAACACACAUAAUUAUGAGAUAUCAUUAUAGGUCAUCUUCUCUACCACCGUACUAAUAACGUUACUAUUUAUGUCAUCUCCAGUCUUGUGUCACUAAAAUAAGGAAUCAUUGCGAAGAGGUCUUCUAAAUUCUUUAUUCCAACCUAAUGAGCUCAAGAUUAGCUUUAACCCCGGCUUUAACCAGGAUCAGGAUGAUUCAAGCUCUAACCCUACUUCUGCUGGCCUCGGCGGUCAUUGCCGAGGAAGCCGCUUUAUUGGAAGCCGCCGAACCGAUUGCUGGUAGCUACAUCGUAAAACUCAAGACCAACGCCGAUAUCGAGUCUUGUGUAUCUACAAUCAAACUUGCUGGUGGUCAUGUGGAACAUCGUUAUAACCGACUCUUCCAAGGAUUCUCGGCUCGACUUUCUGAUACGCUCUUGAACAUGGUACGUCGACUGCCGGAUGUCGAAUACGUGGAGCAAGAUGGUGUAGUUCGAGCCAUGAAUGUUGGAUCUUGGGGACUUGAUAGAGUAGACCAACGCUACCUACCCCUUGACAAUAGCUACACACCUUCUGCUACUGGGAGUGAUGUUGUCGUCUACGUCAUAGAUACAGGUGUAAACCAAUAUCAUGUUGACUUCGGAGGUCGUGCAAUCCAUGCCUGGACAUACACGGGCGGCACAGCUGAGGAUUGUCAGGGUCAUGGGACCCACUGUGCUGGUAUUGUUGGUUCCAAGACGUAUGGCGUAGCCACGGAAGUCCAGAUCAAAGGAGUUAAAGUACUCAACUGCUAUGGUAGUGGAUCAUACUCCAACAUGAUUGCAGGUAUUGAAUGGGUGGGUGUAGACUCAGUUGGUCGAGCUGCCGUCGCCUCCAUGUCUGUAGGAGGGGGCGCCUCCACCAGUCUCGAUACGGCCAUCAGGGAGCUGGUGUCGAGCGGCGUACCCGUAGUCGUAGCUGCGGGAAACAGCAAUGCCGAUGCCUGCAACUUCUCUCCUGCCAGGGAACCUUCGGCUAUAACAGUAGGUGCAUCCACCCAAACCGACUCGAUUCGUAGUUCGUCCAACCACGGAUCGUGCGUCGAUAUCUUCGCCCCUGGUAGCGAAAUCACGUCGACUUGGUAUACGAGUAACACGGCCACUGCUGUGCUUAGCGGCUCAUCUAUGGCUUGUCCUCACGUUGCUGGUGCUCUUGCUCUCAAUGGACGAGAUACAACUAGCCUUCUAGAUUCUGCAACCAACGAUGUGCUCCAAGGUGUACCCACCGAUACACCUAACAAACUCCUGUACGUGCAGUAAUUGGUGUCACGGAGGACUCCAGUAUUAAUCCGAGCAAAGAACAGUAUUUCUGGUUGUGAUAUUACCACAAAGUGAACAUGAAUUAUGCCUAGAAUUCUUGAUAGCAUUUAUGGUUAACUUGCACGUAAACUUUGGAUUACAGAUACAUUUCAAAGCAUGCAAAUCUGAAUAAAUGCAAAGCAAUUCAUCAAAAUAUCAGGAA